AUGGACGUGGAAGCGGGGAGUGACUCACCACCCGCGCGCGGGCGCAGCAAGGCGAUGCACCGCCUCCUGGUGGCGCUCAACUGCGUGAUGCUCGGGGUCGGCGUCACGGGCGGGCAGCUCCUCAGCCGCCUCUACUUCAACAAGGGCGGCCACCGGCAGUGGCUCGCCGCGUGGUUCCAGACCGCCGGCUGGCCGCCGUUGCUGAUCGCCGUGGCGGCCGCCUACGCCGGCCGCCGCGCGCGCGACCGGGGCGCCAGGUUCCUGCCCACCCCGCCGCGCAUACACCUGGCCGCCGCGGGGAUCGGCCUCAUCAUCGGCGCCGACAAUUUCCUCUACGCCUACGGGCUGGAGUUCCUGCCCGUCUCCACCUCCGCGAUCCUCAUCUCGACACAGCUCAUCUUCACGGUGCUCUUCGCGUUCCUCAUCGUGCGGCAACGGCUGACGGCGCCGACCGUGAACGCCGUGGCGCUCCUGACGGCGGGCGCCGUCGUGCUGGGCCUGCACGUGUCCUCCGACCGCAUCGCGGGCGUCAGCAGGGGCCAGUACUGGCUGGGAUUCGUGCUCACCCUCGGCGCCGCGGUGCUGUACGGGCUGAUCAUGCCGCUGGUCGAGCUCGCGUACAAGCACGCCGCGGACGGCGGGCGCGCCGUGACGUACGCGCUGGUGGUGGAGAUACAGCUGGUGAUGGGGUUCGUCGCCACCGCGUUCUGCACCGUCGGCAUGAUCGUCAACAAAGACUUCCAUGUGCGUGCCACGUGUCGACUACCCCUUUCACUUCUGCACUAGCCUGGCCAUGCACAUCGAGCAAUAUUACAGGAUCAAUCCGUCCAAUCGUUCGGUUUCUUUAUUUGUUGGAGGAUCCUUCAGGAAGCUUGCAGUUUGAUGCCCAGUGAAGUGGGUGCUCGGUGUCCGACGGUCACAACUCACACCUCACCUGAUUGGGACAUCUCCUUCUCCUGAGCCCUGCCCCUCCGACAGCGUGCUGCCUCCC